AUUGAUUUUUCAUCCGUGAGGAAUUUUACCACCCUUCAUUCAAGGUUAUAUGUGCUUUUAGUUUUUUUGCUUUCACGAUACAAACUUAACUUGUAUUUAUAACGUUAUAUUACAAAUUUAAGUUGUACGAAUUCUAUUAUGAUAAAAAAAAGAGAAUUUUUUUUAUUCCAUUCAGAAAAAUUUUACAGACGAAAGAUUCGUGCUGCCACAGUAGAGCAAAAAAUUCAGCAUAAAUUUUGGAAUUGUAAUAAUUUUGAAGAAUGGUUAGCUUUACAAGAUAUUCAUCCGGUUGUGGGGAGCAAUGGUAGCAAGGAAUCUCUCUGCCUUUUGGCCCAAUCAGCGGAAAACCUGGUUGCGGCGCCCCUGAUUGGCAAUGUUGUUUAUCCCGGGCCUUUUUUUUUAUUUAUUAUUAAAAAAAAUUCAGGGGAUUGACUGAUUACGCCAAUGAGAGUGUAUGUUUCAUUGUUUUGUGAGUAAUAAAAUAAUAAGAGAUUGAGUGAGAGACGAAAGUGACUUAAAUUGGAAAGUAUAAAUUGGGUUGGAUGGGGUUUGUGAGUUUUCAAAGAGUGAGGAAGAACCAAAGUAUGUGUGCUAUAUUUACUUAAUUUUGUUGUUUCUCGAUAUUACGGCAUAAACAAUCUCAAUCUCGUAAUCUCGAAUACCAAUAAACACUCCAAAAUGAAUCACAAUUACUAAAAAUACCUUGGGAACACAGGCAAAUGAAACACAGGCAGGAACCCAAACAUCAUAAGUCAUAACAAAGCAAUUCAAGAGGACAGUAACCGGUGAGAGUCAAGUGAGAAAAAGGCAGUCUAUGACUUUUGCAAUGAGGAAUUUUACAAUGUUAUAUAGCAAUAGUGUUAUAGGUUUUUGCUUUUAUGGUCCAACUUGAAAUUGUAUCUUUAAUCUUAUGGUACAACUUCAUAUUGUACCUAUACUUUUUGUACAAAUUCUUUUAUGGUACAACUUGAACUUGUACCUUUGGGUUAAAGACACAUUUGGUCACUAAGAUUAUUAAAUCGGGACAUGUUUAGUCACUAGAAAAAAUUAAUAUCAAUUUUAGUCACUCGAAUUACUGAAACAGGUCACAUUUAGUAACUCUCCGUUAGUCUCCGUCCAACUCCGUUAAUAAAGUCCGUUAUGUGCUGACGUGGCUAACGAGAGCGCCUAGUCAGCGUCGUUUGGACCGGAAAUGGUCAAACCCGACCUACCACGUCACUAAACCAGCCAUGUCAUACACCCAACCCACUAACCCUACCCACCAACCCAACUCUAGCCCACUUAACAAAACAAAAUUGAAAAAGCUCCAACUCAUUCUCCUCCACUUCACGGCCGUCUUCCCCAAUGAAACAACAUCAGCCGCAAUUGCAAGAUCAUCACGAUUAGAAGGCCCCUUCGAGGUCUCCCCCGACGGCAUCGUGAAAUUCAAGGAGAAAGAUGGCAUCGACUAUGCCGUCCUCACCGUCCAGCUCCCCGGAGGCGGGAGGGUCCCUUUCCACUUCACGGUGAAGCAGCUCGUUGCUUCUGGAAAACCAGAGAGCUUCAGCUGCGAGUUUUUGGUUCCCAGGUACAGAGGGUCGUCGUUCUUGGACCCAAAGGGCAAAGGCGGGUCCCAGGGUUAUGACAACGCGGCGGCGCUGCCCCCGGUGGGAGAGGGGAUGAGGAAGAGCUGGCGAAUGAGAAUGUCAAGAACGCGGCGGCGUCGAAGGGGAAGAUUAGAUUGAGCGUGACCAAGAGCAAGUCGGAGACAGGGGAGGUGAUUGGGAUGUUUGAGAGCAUUCAGCCGUCGGACACCGAUUUGGGUGCCUCAAGGAUGUGAGGAUUCAGGGGGUUUGGUAUGCUUAGCUUGAUUAACUAGAGAGGAGAGGUUGAUGAUGAAAAACUUUUGUUUCAUUGGGGAAGCGGCGGUGAAGAAGAGGAGAACGAGUUGGAGCUAGGGUUUUCCAAUUUUGUUUUGUUAAAGUGGGCUACGGUUGGGUUAGUGGGUAGGGUUAAUGGGUUGGGUGUAUGACAUGGUGGGUUUAGUGACGUGGCGGGUCGGGUUUGACCAUUUCCGGCCCAAAUCGGCGUUGAUUAGGCAAUUCUGUUUGCCACAUCAGCACUUAACGGACUCCAUUAACGGAGUUGGACGGAGACUAACGGAGAGUGACUAAAAGUGACCUGUUUCAGUAAUUCGAGUGACUAAAAUUGAUAUUAAGUUUUUCUAGUGACUAAACAUGUCCCGAUUUAGUAAUCUCAGUGACCAAAUGUGUCUUUAACCCUUGUACCUUUAUGUGAUGGUACAACUUUAAGUUGUGAAGUUGUACUAAAGCAUAAUGGUACAA